GCUGCACUGCCCCGCAGAGCGCUUUCAUGGGCUCGGCGCUCCGAGGUGUGCAGCCUGCUGCCUUCUCUCAGCCUCAGAGCGUUUUCUUCCGCAGACAGCCGAGCUGAGCGCCGUCCUUCACUCUCCAGGAACAUCUUUUGGAGGUACAAACCAUUUUCUCCCCCCUACACUGCCUCUUCUUUAAGAGCCGCCUUGGUUUGCCUUUGAAAAUAAAGAUCAGCGAGAAAGAGAGAACCUUCGUUCUUCAUUGGCGACGUUAGAAACCAGAUGUUUAUGGAAGACUGCUGCUGCCAGUGACUGCACUUUGAGGAAGAAGCUUGCCUAACUGUUAUCAACACAUCCUGCGGGCUGGAAGUCCUCCUCAGUACUCUAUUUGGUCCAGUUGUCAUAAUGACACUCUCUACAUAGCCGUCACCAGUUUGGCUUUGUCCUUCUCCCAGUGUUAAUAACUCAGAAAACCAUUUUUCCUAAACCAUACCAACCACCUCCGACAAUGGAUUGCCUGUGUCCAGGUGGAGGGAUGUGCUGGACACAGGCCCUUGCCGGCAAACUUUAGCCGUCUGGAUUCUAUUCAAUAUAAUUCUCGUGAUAUUGAUCUGGAGUUAUUUUUUAUUGGGACCAGGGAUGGAAACGCCAGAAGCCAGCAAACAUGGCAAGAAGUCCACAAGUCAAAAACUCGAGGACCAGAAAAAGAUUUACACAGACUGGGCCAAUCACUACCUGGCUAAGUCUGGCUGUCCACGCCUCAUCAAGGACCUGAGCCAGGACGUCACCGAUGGAGUGUUGCUAGCACAGAUCAUCCAGAUCAUAGCGAAUGAGAAGGUGGAGGAUAUCAAUGGCAGCCCCAGGAGCCAGUCGCAAAUGAUCGAGAAUGUGGACGCUUGCCUCAGUUUCCUGGACGCUAGAGGAGUAAAUGUACAAGGGCUCUCAGCAGAAGAGAUCAGGAAUGGCAACCUGAAGAGCAUCCUCGGCCUCUUCUUCAUCCUGUCCCGCUACAAGCAGCAGCAGCAGCAACAGCAGCAGUACUACCAGUCCCUCGUGGAGCUCAGCCAGCAGACCAGCACCACUGCACCAUCCACCAGCAGCCUCAAGACACAAGAGAUGCAGUCCAGUCUCACAGCACGAUAUGCAAGUCCUCCGGGCCACAGUGGAAUAGGAUCACCGCAAAAGAAAAACACAAGGUUACCGGGGCCUUCCAGAGUACCUGCUGCAGGCAGCGGGGCCUCCAGGAGCCCAGGCUCAUCCAACCUCAACCGUCGGAGCCAGAGUUUCAACAGCAUCGACAAGAGCAAGCCUCUUCAGUAUGCAAGUGGCAAUGAUAGAGAUGCAGUGAGGGGCAUCCCAGUACCCAGCGGGAUGAAUGGGAGUGGUAUUGGGGGGAUGGUUCCCACCAGCCUCAGUGGGCAGCAGCUGGCCUCUGCCAUCCCUUCACCCACAGCUGGAAAGUCUUGGCGAAGCAAAUCCAUGAACCUCAAGCACAGCGCCACUUCAUCCAUGCUGGCAAGCCCCACACACUCAACUUCCACCACCCUGUCACCACAGGCCCUGGAAGGCCUUCAGUCUCAUGGAAGCGACGGGUCAAAAGUCGGAUCAGGUGUUGCACCUCCACAGAGGUCAAUGCUGGAAAAGUUUCGCCUAAUUAACCCUCGAUCAGCUUCAAGAGCAUCACCAUCUAUGGCAGAAAUGGCUUUACAGGAGGAAGAUGACCUGUCGGAGUACGGUGAGGAUGGACUGACACCCACAGGCUCAGUGUGCAGCAGUGGUAGUAGCAGUGCUACAACCAAACAGAUGCCUACAAAGACCCCCGCCUCAUCCCUUACUGCACCUAGCAAAACCUCAUCUUCAUCCAUCUCCUCAUCCAAUUCAAAGGCCUCUGCCAGUGGCAGCAGGUCCAUGGCCUCCAGCAAAGACAAAGAGGACAAAAGCAAGUCUGGGAAAUCUACUAAGGACAACUCUCCUCCAAAAGAAGAGCGGGAGACCUUCGCUGACCCCACCAAGAAGAGCUCUAAAAUAGCCAGCCUCAUCCCCAAAGGAGGGAAGUCAUCAUCAGGGAAGAAAGAUGGUGGCACCCCCUCAGCUUCUAGUGGCAUCCCAAAACCAGGACUUAAAGCUCCUUCCACAACAACGGCAAAGUCUCAGAACCAGAACCAGACCCAGAACCAAGUUGCCUUAAACAGCAGUGGCAACAUGCGGGCAGGAGAGGAGAGAGCCAAGCUGACCAAAGGAGGGCAAGGUGGGAGUUUUUAUAUUCAGCGCUCCAUUGGGGGCCCAGAGGGGAAACGGACCAGCAUGACAUCAUCCACCAGCACCUCAGCCCUGUCUGGGUCCAGUGGGAUGACGGGGGGAGGAGGAGGAGGAGGUGGAGGAGGUGGGGUGCUGGGAGGAAAUGGAGCUGUUCAGCUUCCUCAGCAGCAGCAGCACAACCACCCUAACACCGCCACUGUGGCCCCCUUCAUGUACAGGACUUUCUCAGAAAAUGACUGCACCAUGGUGGCCCCAGCCGACCCCUGCCUCAGCCCUACUAAGGGAGAGCUGGUCUACAGCAAGACAGCCAAGCAGUGCCUGGAGGAGAUAUCAGGAGAGGACCCUGAGACAAGACGCAUGAGGACAGUGAAGAACAUCGCUGACCUGCGGCAGAACCUGGAAGAAACCAUGUCCAGUCUACGGGGGACACAAGUCAGCCACAGUACGCUGGAAACAACCUUUGACACUACUGUAACCACUGAGGUCAAUGGGCGGGGUCUACCUGCUCUCACCACACGUUCCUCCUCCAUGGCCUGGCGCCUUGGCCAAUCACAAACCCCACGUCUCCAGGCAGGCGAUGCCCCCUCAAUGCCAAGCAGUUAUUCUGCACCCAGAUCGAGCACAGCAGGCGCUGGCACCAACACAGGGCGGUACAGUGGGCACUCGGACCCGUCCAGAUAUCUUACAGACGGCAGCCUCCAUUUGUAUGCACGGAACGCAGGCAGACCCUCGGACAUGGCUUCUUCUCGGGAAACACCCCAAAGAGGAAGCAAAGAAAUGCAGGGUGACAUAGACAGCUGGGACGACAGCAGCUCGGUGAGCAGCGGCCUCAGCGACACAUUGGACAACAUCAGUACUGAUGAUAUAAACACGCCCACAUACUCCACCACCAGCUCAUCACGUAAAAGCAAGGGAGCACAGUCUCAGAAAGGAAGCAGGUCCAAGCAUGCCGAGCAGGAGGUGAGCAGCAGUUGGGCCGGAGCCGAAGACCUGAAGAAGGUGGAGGAGGAGCUGGACACGAGCAUGGAUCCCAACAGUAGCGCCUCUCGCUGGAAGCAGUCUUCUUCAUCCUCUUCUUCUCAAACCCAGGGCCAGUAUGAGGAUGCUAGUCAGAAAGCAGCUGCACUGGCCCAAAUGUCCCAGACUGGUUCAUGGAGGAGAGGCAUGACAGCCCAGGUGGGCAUUACACCACCCAGGACCAAGAGUACCUCUGCUGCCCUGAAAACAGCAGGGAAAACUGAUGAUGCCAAGGCUUCUGAGAAGGGUAAAGUACCUUCUAAGAGUUCAGCUGGUAUCCAGCGCUCACCAUCUGAUGCCGGGAGGAGUAGUGGGGAUGAAGGCAAGAAACCUCCAUCUGGCAUUGCACGCCCACCGACCACUGGCUCCUUUGGAUACAAGAAAAUUCCUGGACCCACUGGCACUCUGAUCACCUCAAGUGGUGCAACACUUGCCAGUGGCUCAGCCACCUUGGGAAAGGCACCCAAAUCUUCGGCCACCUUCGGGAAAGGCGCAAGCAUCAGUGGUGUCCGGAAAACCAGCCUGGAUGGCUCACAACCUCAGGAUGAUGGCAUUCUGCUCAGCUGCAGUGGCUCCAAAGUGACCCUGCAGUACCGAUCUUUACCCAGACCAGCCAAAUCCUCCAGUGGGGUGGCAGCAGGACGCAGUGGGCAUCGCUCCAGCUCCAGCAGCAUCGACUCAAAUGUCAGUGGCAAGUCAGCAGGCGGGGCCGCGACACAAGCAAGUGCCAAACGCAGGGAUGGAAAAGUGGGAUCGGACCGCUCCAGUCCCAUCACCAUCAAUCAGACAGAUAAAGAGAAAGUGGCCGUGUCGGAGCAAGACCCAGCAGCAGGAUUAUCCACCUCUCCCAAAUCCAGCCCUACCUCCAGUUCAGCAGGCCAGUCAGGCCUCAGACAGCCAGGCUCCAAAUACCCAGAUAUUGCCUCUCCCACCUUUCGCAGAUUGUUUGGCACCAAAGCCAGCAGCAAGGCCAGCUCUCCGGGCACGCCCGACUCUGGCAAGUGCCCGUCAAUAUUGGGCAGCCCCCACGGCACGCUGGCAAGGCAAGCCAGCCUGGACUCCCCCUCCUCUGGCACAGGGAGCCUGGGCAGCGCUGGCGGCCUGAGCGGUGGCAGCAGCCCGCUGUAUGGUAAAACCCUAGACCUGUGCACUGACUCCCUGGCUUCCAGCCCGGCCUCUGGCCUCUCCCUGCCCUCCAACGCUCGGCCCUGGCCUGCCUAUAGCUCUUCAGCUGGUAGCAAGGACACGCUGAGCUGCCAAAGCAUGACCAGUCUGCACACCAGCUCUGAGUCCAUUGAUAUGCCACUGGGCCACCACGGGCCUAAAGUUACAAGAACCGGCAGUGUCAAGUCCACCCUGUCUGAGGGCAUGCCUCUUGACAGAAACACGCUUCCCAAAAAGGGACUGAGGUACCCACCAUCCUCCCGACAAACAUCCCAUGAAGAAGGGAAGGAGUGGCUGAGAUCCCAUUCAACAGGAGGUCUUCAGGACACAGGCAGCCAGUCUCCUCUUUCUCCUCCUGGAUCCUCCUGCACCACCACUGGAAAAUACCACUACUCCAAUCUAUUGAGCCCAACCAACAUCAGCCAGUAUAACCUGCCACCAGGCAGCAGCAGCAUGAGCCGCUCUAACAGCAUUCCUGCCCAGGACUCCUUUGACCUGUACGGAGAAGGUCACCCACUGGGUGGCAGUGCAACCUCCCUAGAGGAACGACCACGGGCAAUCAGCCGCUCUGGCUCCUUCAGAGACAGCACCGAUGAAGUCCAUGGCUCUUCACUGUCUCUGGUCUCCAGCACAUCAUCAUUGUAUUCUGCGACAGAGGAAAAAGCACACUCAGAGGGCCAAACAGUCCAAAAUUCCACGCAAAUCAGAAAGCUGCGCCGGGAGCUGGAUGCUUCUCAAGAGAAGGUGGCAACUCUCACGUCACAGCUUGCUGCCAACGCUCACCUGGUUGCCGCUUUUGAGAAGAGUCUCAGUAACAUGACCUGCCGCCUGCAGAGCCUCACCAUGACUGCUGAACAAAAGGAGUCUGAGUUGGCUGAGCUGAGGGAAACGAUAGAGACGCUGAAGACUCAGAAUACAGAUGCCCAAACAGCCAUCCAGGUGGCACUCAAUGGCCCAGACCACCUACACAAAGACCUGCGGAUUAGGCGGCAGCACUCAUCAGAAAGUAUGUCCAGUAUUAACAGCGCAGCCAGUCACUCUAGUAUGGGCAGCCUGGGCAAGGAUGCAGAGGACAAGAAGAAGAAGAAAAAAAGCUGGGUGGCUGAUUCCAUCCCAGCUCAGUUGCGCAGCUCUUUUAAGCAGGCGUUCAGCAAGAAGAAAACCAAAUCCCAGUCGGCCCAUGACGAGAUGGAGGAGAUGACCGAUUCUCUGCCAUCCUCACCCAAACUGCAUCAUGACAACAGGCAGGGCAGCAUUGCCACGCUGCGCUCUUCCCCCUCCACCACAGAGCUGUGUGAAUGCACCGAGGCUGAGGCUGAAAUCAUUCUCCAGCUGAAGAAUGAGCUCCGGGAAAAAGAGCUUAAGUUGACAGACAUCCGCCUGGAGGCGCUCAGCUCUGCCCACCACCUGGAUCAGAUCCGAGAGGCCAUGAACCGCAUGCAGAAUGAGAUUGAGGUUCUGAAAGCUGAAAAUGAUCGCCUCAAGUCGAGCGGUAACGCCACACCAACAGCUACUCCCAUCAAGACUGCCCGGCCACCAUCUGAGACCUCCAGCACCUCCUCGUCCUCUUCGCGUCAAUCCUUGGGGCUUUCCCUCAAUAACCUGAACAUCACUGACACCAUCAUGUCUGAUAUAUUGCUCGAUGACAGUUAUGAGGGGAAUCUACGUAAAGAAGGUCGGAGCGUUCGAAUAGUGGUCAGCAUCAGCAGUGGACCAAAUACCACCAAGGGUAUGCAAUGCCAGGAGUACCUGAUUGGGUCUAUAGGUGUGAGUGGGAAAACCAAGUGGGAUGUCCUGGAUGGGGUCAUUCGACGCCUCUUCAAAGAGUACGUGUUUCGGGUGGAUCCUGUGACCAGUCUGGGUCUCAGUUCAGACAGCAUUGUCUGCUACAAGAUGGGCGAGGUGAUUCGCUCCCACGCCUCCGAAGUGCCUGAGCUGCUUCCUUGCGGCUACCUGGUGGGAGAAAACAACAUCAUUAAAAUUAACCUCAAAGGUGUGAAGGAGAACAGCACAGACAGCCUUGUGUUUGACACACUCAUUCCGAAGCCCAUAAUCCAGCGGUUCCUCAACCUGUUGAUGGAGCAUCGUCGGAUCAUCCUCUCUGGACCCAGUGGCACAGGCAAAUCCUUCCUGGCUGCCAAGUUGGCUGAAUACAUCAUUUCCCAGCUGGGGCAGGAAAUGACUGAGCACAAUGUGGCCAGCUUCAAUGUGGACCAGAAUUCUAGCAAGGACCUGCGACAGUACCUGUCAAGCCUGGCAGAGCAGUGUAACUCUGAGGAAACAGAUGCACAGCUCCCCACUGUGGUCAUCCUGGACAACCUCCAUCAUAUCGGUUCUCUUAGUGACAUAUUCAAUGGCUUCCUCAACUGCAAGUACCACAAAUGCCCAUAUGUUAUUGGGACCAUGAGCCAAGGAGUUUCCUCGUCUCCUAACCUUGAACUUCAUCACAACUUCAGAUGGGUGCUGUGCACCAAUCACACCGAACCAGUCAAAGGUUUCCUGGGUCGCUUCCUGCGGCGGAAGCUGAUAGAGACGGAGAUCAAUAAGAACAUGCGCAGCAAUGAUCUGAUUAAGAUCAUUGACUGGAUCCCCAAGACCUGGCAGCACCUCAACAGCUUCCUGGAGGCACACAGUUCAUCUGAUGUUACCAUAGGUCCCCGUCUCUUCUUGUCCUGUCCCAUGGAUGUAGAAGGCUCUCGGGUUUGGUUCACUGACUUGUGGAACUAUUCCUUGGUUCCCUACCUGCUAGAGGCUGUAAGAGAAGGACUUCAGCUGUAUGGUAAAAGAGCAGUGUGGGAGGACCCAUCCAAGUGGGUGAAUGACACGUAUCCAUGGAAUGUGGCCUUGCUGCAGCAGGAAGGCCAGGCUUUACUCCAGCUCAGGCCGGAGGAUGUGGGAUACGAUGGCUACAGCUCGUCCAAGGAGGGGGCAUCUUCCAAGCAAGUGUCUCAGAGUGAUACUGAGGGAGACCCACUGAUGAACAUGCUGCUACGGCUGCAGGAAGCAGCCAACUACUCCAGUACGCAGAGCUGCGACAGCGACAGCACCAGUCACCAUGACGACCAGCUGGACUCCUCACUAGAGUCGGCUUUAUGAGACCAAGAGCUGCGCUGGCAGACCCCAAUCCCCUAAAUCCUGGAAACCUUUGAACUCUCAUCACUACCAGACACUUCUAUAGUCCACAGAUGUAUGAUAUAUGAAAAGUUUUAUUAUCCAAAAUGGUAUACCAACCACCUAAAAGAAAAAUGCCUAUUUUUACAUAGUGAUGGUGCAAUAUUAAAUCUAAUUAUUUUAUGUUUUACAGAGUUUCACCAACUUGGUCCUCAGUGGUCACAAAGUUAAACAAUGAUACAUGUUAUUUCUAUAUACUGGCAUCAAAUAGCAUUAGCCAGUUAUUUUAAAUGGAAGUAUAACAUUUUAAGAAUACAACUUUUCAUAUAUGUUUAAUUAAGAUGUUUCAGAGGAGGGAAUUUAGUUCCUCUAACGUUUACUUCCAAGGAGUAAAUCACAGGUAUGCUCAGCUAAGAUGAGUUUAACUCCAGAUAUCUCAUCUCCAAAGUGUAACUAAUUGCAGAGCUUCGAGCAUUAUGUGGCAAAACUGGAUUUUUAAUUUUUUACCCUGUUAUAUCUACAGAUGUUUACAUUGGGAGGGGAGUUUCUGUUGUUUAUGUCUCUUUGUUUACAGAGGUGCUUCUCACAGACACACAUGUACACUUUUAUUGAAUGCAAUCACACACAGGCAGCAGGAGGAGAAUCUCCUUUAAUCAAAGGCUUUUCUCACUUCAAGUCCUCAUUUAUUAACAAUCCAGCCUGCCAGAGUGUCCUUGAGUAAGGCAUUAUAUCUCCAGCACUUCUGGGGACCCUGAUCUCAGAUCUCUUUCACAUAUUAAGGAAGGCAAGAGGGGACAUGUAUUGAGAAUUAUCAGGGGAUGCGAUGCACUCUGGUGGCUAAAUUGGGUGCUUUUUACACACAAAUUGGAAUAAUCAGAAUCACUUUAUGCCUCAGUAAUGUUUGAUAAAAAUCUUUUGUUUGUUGUGAGGUAAAUGAACUGCUUUAGCUGUUUACCACUUUACUUUUUCUGAUCAUGAUGGCACGAGGCAUGGCUGAUAUAUGAUGGUUUUGAGACUUUAACAGCCCAGUCAGGAUCACAGCUAAUUAUAGCAAAGUGACACAAACACACACACACACAUACACUACUCCUGCACUCAGCUCAGUUUUCAGUUGAGCCUUGUGGUGCUGGUCUUCUGAUCCUCCUCAGUGUCAGGCACUGCCAAGUCGCUCCUUGCUGCCCAUCAUGCCAACAACAAGCACAACGAAAGCGUAUUGUCUGUGUGUCAUCCAGCCACACUGCUACUGUGAAGACAACAUGGUAAAGUGCCAAUGUUUCUUUUUGAUUUGACUGCCAAAUGUUCACACCCACAGACUUUAAAUCACAAUGCAGAGCCAAGCAUGGUUGUAGACUUACUGUAGAUUAAGUUGUUCUUGGCCUUCCACACAACACACAGCUUGUGUCACUCUUUAGCUUUGAAUGCACCAUGGAAACAGCAGGCCUCAUUCUCUGGGUUCAUCACAGGAGAAGCAAUUCUUUUGGUAUUUGCUUUAACCAACAUGUAGAACCACAUGGUUUGCUGUAACUAGGAAAUUCAGAAGGGGACAAUGAAGAACCACACUGACUUAUAUGAAACUAUCUGUAGUAUUGACAGUUAUUAGCUCUCAUUUGGCAUUCUUGCUCAGCAUUUGCAUCCAUCUCCGUCCAUGAGGUACCAAAAAAGAACUAAAAGUAUUACAUUAAUAUACAAUUUAACAUAAUUAGCCAAGAGGCGAAUAAGGGAACAAUAAUGUUGGUACUUUCUCACUGCCUUAAAUGUGCAAAAUGUCUUGAAGUACCUUCUGCUCCCACUGGCUAGAGUGAUAAGAAAUGUUGGAAGAUGAUUAUCUGCAUCAAAGAGGCUGCUUGUAGUUUAAAACAGACACCUUUUUUUGCUGCCCCUCCUUCUCCCCCUGAAUAGCUCUGUUUUCUUCCUGACAGUUAGAAAAUGAAAGAUUUAUCUGAAUUAAAAACAGAUCCAUAUUGUAAAGUCAAACUAAAAAGGGGGAUGGGGGUAUUUUUUAGUUGUUUUAUGCCCAGGUGAGCUGGGCUCACUUGAAAUGACAGGAGCACAACCAAACUGUUUAGGGUUUUUUAGCCAGAAGAGCAUGUUUUGAAGCUUUUUAAAGGGGAUGCAUUGAGAAGGGACCUUUACCUUUAUGUAUGCGUGUAUUGGACGGAAGCCAUUUAGAAUUUUGAUUAUCUUUUCUUUGUUUAAGUGGGUUGGUUUUGCACACUUUCAGGUUGGGGUGGGUUGUAAAUACUUAAUUCUUGCACAGUGAAUCGAAGAUGCAUUCUGCCCUGUUGGUGUUACAAUAUGCUUAACCCGCUGAGUAAAUUAUUGUACUUUGAAAACAGGGAGAAAAAAAGAAAUGCAAAAACUAUACACGCUGGCAGAAACAGGUGUGUGUCUUGUGGUGAUUGGAUGUUUUGCCAUUUCAGGAGGCACAUGGUGUACAGUCAGAAACCAUUUUUAACUCACUAAAAUCACAAACUAUGAAAAAAAAGGCACUUUUCCAGUACUCCUCAUCUUGCCAUGAUAUCCUUUGGAUCCUCUCCGUCUUUAGGAAUGCCUGUUGUUACGUAGAAAACACUUCCUCUCUGGACAUUUUAACUCAAAUUCACCACCACUUUAGGCUUGCUAGCUGUCCGAGGCACAGAAGCUGACCUGACGCUGUACUGUACACAACAACUAACAGGUGCUAGUGGUCAGUCAAAAGCCCAUCAGAGACCAAGAAGUCAUGUUGUCACAACCUCAGGACAAUCCUAAGCUCUACAAUCCUACCUGUGCUCAGCUUCAACAUGUGUCUCUUCAGCCUAGCCUCAGAUGCUUCACACAUACUGUAUUUCCAGCCAGCUUGGCCAGGUUUCUGUCUACAUUGGGUGGGGUUGCAUGCUAAGGGUGUAGUUACUGUGGUAACAGGUUGCUCCUUACCUACACUUACACCUAUGUAUCAAACCUUUCUGCACUCCUGUUUAGAGACUAUUAGUUCCCAAGAUAGCAGAGCUUUGACACAGUGUACACCAUAGUAAUGAACUGGUAUCUUUUCUCCACCUUACACUUUACAGUUGCAUCUCAGUUGGAGACCAUAGCAUUUACUCUGGUUUGAAAGUUUUCUUCUGUUUGAGUGAAACAUUUGCCCUUAAAUGUUUUAUAUUUUGUACAUUUGUAUGUAACAUAUCAUGUAAAUAGACAGAGACAGUGAUUUAACUCAUCUGGAGGAUUUUGUAGUCUUUGUAAAGCCCUAAUAAAUGGUAUUUGGUGUCACUCAA